AUGAAGCUCGGUGAAUCUGUGAAACGUUGAGGUGGAUCUACUGUAUGAGAGAGACGGGGUAAUAACAAUAAUGCCACCCCACAGCAAUGACUGUAGUGCUCAGUGCCUAAUGGACACACGGGUUUACUGAGCGAACUGCACUGUUUCACAGCUAGGGGUAUUAAUUGGUUCUUGUCACUUGUUAAAUUAAAAUAAGUUGAAUUUAAAUUAGUGGUAUAAUCAGCAGGGUCGGUUUCUGCAGCUUGCUAGUUAGCUAAUGCUAUGCAUCCACUGAGAGAUACCCGGAUAUCAGCCUGACACUGGUUUAACCAUGGCCGUGACUCAGUUCCGUCUGUUUAAGAUCUGCACAUGCCUAGCAUCCAUCCUGUCCUUCUUCAAAAGGCUCAUAUGCAGAACUGGAAGAUCACGAAAGCGAAGUGGUGAUCAGAUCACUCUCCCUACCACUGUUGAUUUUUCCUCUGUACCCAAACAGCCAGAGAUUGAGGAGUGGAGUUCAUGGGAUGAAGAAGCUCCCACAAGUAUAAAGAUUGAGGGAGGUAAUGGAGCAGUUCCAUCUCAGCAGAACCAGGUGGAGGAUGAAGAGCCAGAUUAUUUCAAAGACAUGGCUCCUACUAUCAGGAAAACACAAAAAAUCGUCUUGAAGAAAAGAGAGCCUGCAAAUUUCUCUCUCCCUGAAACAGCUACCGGCUUCUCCAGCAGACUGGCGGCCACUCAGGAUAUGUCCUUCAUCCAGCCUUCAGCAGAGCUGGGAGACCUAGAAACCUGGCAAGAGGACACUAAUGCAUGGGAGGACGAGUCUGAUGCUUCAUGGGAGGCAGAAGAAGUGUUAAGACAGCAGAAGAUGGCAGAGAGGGAGAAGCGUGCCGUGGAACAGCAGAGGAAGAAAAUGGAGAAAGAGGCACAGAGAAUGAUGAAGAAGGAGCAGAAGAUAGCAGUAAAGCUUUCCUAACAUUUCUAGGCAGAGCUGGACACUUGGGGAGGGGGGAAAACCCCCACACAAAUGAUCCUCAAUCAGUAUCUUUUAACAUUUUUAUUCCCUGUUCAACAUGACAUGUCCUCAGCCAUCAGUUUUGGAAUCCAUUGGCUCUUAAGUUUUACUGAUUUCCUGUCUUUCCCUUUUUAUUGUAAAGAAUUCAGUGUACAGUUUUAAUGAAAUCUGAGGGAGUUGGGACAAGGCUAAUAGUACACGUACAGAAUAACCUUAAGCUUUAGUCUGUCUGUAUUUAUUUAAAAAAAAAAAAGACUAUGAUGUAAAUUAGGAUUUUUAUGCCUCGUUCAAAAAAUCUUUUUUUUUUUUGCAUAAAUUAAUGCAACCUUUUAUUAUGCUUCAGGACACAAAUGAUAAGUGUGGGAAACAUAAUUGUGCUUGAGUCACUGCUGAAAGAGGCCUUACCUGUUGGCAUGUAUUAUUAUUAUUUUUUUAAUCGGAAUAAGAUCACCUAAGAGUUAAAAUAAAAAAUGAAAAUUAAAUAUCUGGGAAAAUAAGAACAUUAUGUCUUGGUUAACAACCUGUUGAGGAUGGUGUGUAUGUGGGAUGGAGUGAAAGACUGAAUCUAGCAUUUAAUGUGGUGUGGGUGGUAAAGCUUUGGUCGUCAUGGAAACAUGGCAGUUUUUGAAAGCCUGCAGUAUCAUCCAAAGUACCUCAUGUCUUAUCCAUCUUUAUAUUUAAACUGGGCUCAAGAUUCUAUUCAGCACAUGCCAUAUGUAGCACGGUUAUAGGUUUCUGACAGCAGUUCAACAUGUUACCUUCAUGUUAAACCGAAACCACAGGUUUUUAUUAUUAGUAGUAGUAUUUUGUUAUUUUGGGUCCAUUUCACAUUAAUUAUUGGUUGCAGGUAAAAUAAACAGCAUCUAGAUUGAUACUCAAGCUGUACUAAGAGGAUGAGGUUGUGAAUAUAAUUUGCAUGCAGCAAUGAUGUUAUUUUCAUGAGAGUUUUUGGUGCAGGCAAUAAUUUGAAAUGCUUUUUCUAUUAAAAUUAUGUUUCAGGGAAAAAAAAUCCAAAUGUUCAUGAUGAGCGUGCUCUUCUACUUUUUCCCCUGGAACUGGAACAAACAAUAGGAACUUAUCACCACCAAUUAACAUCAUGCAACAAAAGCGCAUUGCAUAACUAAAAAAAACUAUUGGCAGCCAUUUUCAAUUCACAGUUUAUCUAGAAAAAGCUAAAAUAUGGUCUUAUUGUGCUUUUUUCUUUUUCUUUUUGAUGCAGAUGGUUAGAUGUUAGAUGAUGCCGAACAAUGUUGUUUCAGUUAUGUGUUUAGUGACUUCAGCUUGAUUGGUGAUCUUAGGUUUUAAUUUCUUGCUGGCUGCAUUUACUCAAAGCUCCAAGUACUAAACUAAGGAAGCAAAAUUUGGAGACCAAAUGUCUUGGCUAAGGUAUGUUGGAAAUUUAUGUAAAUUAGAUUCCCCCCCAAGCCAUCCUUUUAUGUUGUGUCCCACUAGUCAUGAAAGUUUCUCCGAAGAUUUACAGCACAACGAUCAUGAUUACAUUCUGGAGACAAUGUUCAAAGGGCAGCUCUGUGGUACAUUUGGGAAAUCAGGUCUAGGCAACGGAUGAGACAUGAGCCUGCCAUUUCACAAACAUUGUUUUCAUUUUGUGCACACAUUCAUUUUUUCCCCUGCAAUAAAUGUUUGGAUUUUUUAAAAAAAGAUGUGUUUACUGGAGUUGGAGAAAGCCAUACUUUAGAUCCUGGUCUAAAACUGCAACUUAAGAUGUUUGUGCAGGUGUAUAUAUUACAUCGUCUUUGUAAAUUAGAUCUGCACAUGGAAAGUGAAACAUGUUUAACUUGUUUUGAUAAUUAAUUUGCUAGUUACAUACUCAAAACAGGCUAUAAAAGUAAUAAAUCCUCACACUACAUUAGGCUUUAAUAUCAAGGCUGAACACAUAAGAGAUGCUCCGCAAGAAGAUUUAACAUUCAUGCUUAUUCAAGGUCAGGCUCAUCUGACUAGUGGAAUAUUCCAGCCCUGAAAAUGAUGUCGUGAUCUCCAAUCUGUCUCUCUGCAGCGCCCCCAGCUCUUUUAAGCCCAUACAGCCUGACCCAGUUUGAUAUUAAAACAGUUAAUUUUAUUCAAGAAGAAAUUAUGGGAAUCGUGUCAGUUCAUAAAAUGAUUUUUGUAUCUCAUUUAAAUAGAAGGAAAAAGCAGCAUUGCAGGUAGAGGUCUGCUAUUUUACUAAGACCAAAGUGUCCUUUCAAAAUGUCUGUAAAAUGCUCUUCUUACUGUUAAGGAUUUUCUGCCCAUCAGAUACAUUUAUUUUUCAUCUAUUUUAACUGAAACUUAUUUUGGUAAAUGUGUUUUUAAAGCAUUUGG